AUGGCGAGCACUGCUGCCGCUCGACUCGAAGCUCGAGUGCUUGCGCCCGACGGCGGGCCACCACAGCCGCUCGCGAGCGACGACGUCGAACCUUCAACGACGGCGCGAGCGGCUUCGACCUCGGCGAGCUCGGCUGGGUCGCGAGAGCGCAAGGACGCCGACAAGGACGAGGAGGAGCACGCGGGCUCGAUGGGCAAGGAGCCGGUGGUCGUCAAGCACAAGUGGGCCCUGUUUGACCCGUUCGUGUACAAGGCGCCGCCGCCGCCGCCGGCCUCGAUGGACGACGCCGCGACCAUCGGUAUCGCCAAAGCUUCGUGGCUCUCGCAGACGACCUUCUGGUGGAUCCAGCCUCUGCUCGUCCUCGGGUACAAGCGCGAGCUGCAAGCCGAGGACCUCCCCAAGAUGGACCCGACGCGCGAGGCGGGCCACCUCGCCGACGUGUUUGAGGAGAACUUUGCCAAGCGGCGGCGGGCCGUCGAGGAGUGGAACCGGGCGCUCGACGAGGGCACGCUCGUCCCGUCGAGGUGGACGCGGCUCAAGUGGAAGGCGGCGGCGAGAGCGGGUUGGGGUCGCGAGGACGGUCGGCGCGAGGUCGGCCUGUGUCUGGCCCUGUCGGACACGUUCUUCUGGCCCUUCUGGAGCGCUGGCCUGUACAAGAUCGUCAGCGACGCUGCGCAGACGACGGCGCCGCUCGUCUCGCGCGAGAUCAUCCGCUUCGUCCAGUCGGCCUACGCGGCGCAGCCAGCCGGCGAGCCCGUUCCCGGGAUCGGUCGCGGCAUCGCCAUGGCGGUCGGCCUCUUCCUCAUGCAGCUGUUCGUCAGCGUGUGCAUGAACAACACGUUCGCGCGCAGCGGGCAGUGCGGCGUCCUCGCUCGCGCGGCGCUCAUCUCGUCGCUGUACCGCAAGGCGUUCAAGAUGAGCGGCAAGGCGCGCACCGACAUCUCGAACGCCCAGCUCGUGUCGCACAUUUCGACCUCGAUAUCUCGCGUCGACUGGGCGUCGACCUUCUUCCACUUUUCGUACACCUGCGUCAUCCAGCUCGUCGAGGUCCUCGUCAUCCUCCUGUGCACCAUCGGCGUCAGCUCGCUGCCCGGCGUCGCCAUCGUCAUCGCGGCCAUUCCGCUCCAGUCGUGGGCCAUGAGGCAGCUCUACAAAGGUCGCCGAGUCGCCCAGAAGCACACCGACGCCCGCAUCAAGACCAUCUCGGAGCUGCUCAACGGCAUCCGCAUCGUCAAGCUGUUCGCGUGGGAGACGCCCAUCCUCGACAAAGCGGCCGAGUCGCGCAAGCACGAGCUCAGCGCCAUCCGCAAGCUCCUCACGAUCCGCGCCGCCAACCAGGCCGUCGCCAUGACGCUGCCGCUCCUGUCGUCGGUCCUCGUCUUUGCCGUCUACUCGCUCACCGGCAACCAGCAGGACCCGGCCCAGAUCUGGACCUCGCUCGCCCUCCUGAACCUGCUCAGGCAGCCCCUCAUGAUGCUGCCCAACGCGCUCAGCUCUGCAGCCGACGCGCACGUCGCACUUCAAGCCCUCGUUCCCGUCUUCAUGGCCGACGAGCUCCCCGAGCAGCUCUUCCUCGUCGACGGCUCGUCAAAGCUCGCGCUCAAGGUCGAGGACGCCGACUUUGAGUGGGAGACGUCGGCGCCGCCACCUGUCGAGGUCGUCGCCAAGAGCAAGAGCGUCAAGAAGGAGAAGAAGGACGAGGAGAAGCUCGGCGAGAAGGCGAGUCGGCUCGAGGGCAUCAACCUCGAGGUGCUCAAGGGCCACUUAACGUCGGGCAAGUCGUCGCUCCUCCAGGGCUGCAUCGGCGAGAUGCGCAGGACUCGCGGUACCGUCACGUUCGGUGGCUCGAUCGGCUACUGCGCUCAACAAGCCUGGAUCAUGAACGGCACCGUGCGCUCCAACAUCCUGUUCGGCCGUGACUUUGACGAGCACCGGUACUGGGAGGUCAUCCGGGCGGCGUCGCUCCUCGCCGACCUCGACCAGCUCCCGGCGGGCGACAUGACCGAGAUUGGCGAGAAGGGCAUCACCUUGUCGGGCGGGCAGCGACAGCGCGUUUCCCUCGCUCGCGCCUUCUACGUCAACGCCGACAUCAUCCUCCUCGACGAUCCUCUGAGCGCCGUCGACGCCCAUGUCGGUGCCGCCAUCUUCGAGAACGCGAUUCGCGGCCUCCUCGCCGGCAAGACGCGCAUCCUCGUCACGCACGGCCUCCAGUACCUGCCGCAGGCCGACUGGGUCGUCGUCAUGGAGAACGGCCGCAUCGUCGAGCAGGGCACGUACGCCGAGCUCGUCGCGUCGGGCUCGUCGUUCUCGCGGUUCGCCGACGAGUACGGGGUCGCGGCCGUCUCGACGGCCGUCGGCGACGGCGACGGCGACGAGCUCGUGGGCAAGGUCGACGUCGUCGACGAGCCAAAGCAGAAGGGCAAAGGCGGCGCGGCAGGGCGGCCGCUCAUGCAGAAGGAGGAGCAGGCGGUGGGGAGUGUCGGGCUCGGCACGUGGAAGACGUACGCCAAGGCCGCCAACGGGUGGCUCACCCUGCCGUUCUUCGCCCUCACGUGGUGGCAGCAGCGCACCUUUCCUCUCUCCGACAGCUCGUACAUCGGCCUGUACGCCGGGCUCAGCAUCGGGUCCGCGGUCUUCACGUUCAGCCUCGGGGUGGCGACCGUUUUCUUCGGCACGUCGGCGGCGCGCAACCUGCACCACAUGGCGCUCGACAAGGUCGCUCGCGCCCCGAUGAGCUUCUUCGACACGACACCGCUCGGCCGCAUACAGAAUCGCUUCUCAAAAGAUGUGGACUCGGUCGACAAUCGUUUGAACGACUCGCUCCGGAUGUGCCUGGCCACCUUUGCCCAAAUCGCAGGCUCGAUCGUCACCAUCGCCAUCGUCUACCCGGUUUUCCUCGCGCCAACUGCGCUCGUCGUCGUCCUCUGCGUCAUGACCUCGAACUUUUAUCGUGCCUCGGCUCGAGCCAUCAAGCGCCACGACAACACGCUCCGCUCGUUCUUGUACGCCUGGUGGAGCGAAAGCCUGACCGGCAUGAGCACGAUCCGAGCAUUCGGCGAGAAGGAGCGCUUCCUGCGCGGCACCGAGCGCUUCGUCGACCUCGAGAACCGGGCCUGGCUGUUGACGCCCAUUAACCAACGCUGGCUUGCCAUCCGGGUCGACUCGCUCGGCGCCCUCCUCGUCUUUGUCGUCGCCAUCGUCGCCGUCGCCGAGCGCACGACCAUCGCCCCGGCCAAGAUCGGCCUCAUCCUCACGACGACCCUCCUCCUCCAGUCGUCGACCCAGAUGCUCGUCCGCCAAGCCGCCGAGGUCGAGAACAACAUGAGCUCGAUCGAGCGCUUCGAGUGGUACGCCACGCAGCUGCCGCAAGAAGCGCCGGCGCGCAUCGCCGAGACGGCGCCGCCGCCGACCUGGCCCGAGCAGGGCGCCAUCACGUUCAAGGACGUCGAGAUCCGCUACAGGCCCGAGCUGCCGACGGUUGUGCGCAACUUCUCGCUCGACAUCCGCCCCGGCGAGAAGGUUGGCAUCGUUGGGAGGACCGGCGCCGGCAAGUCGACCAUUACGCAGGCCCUGUUCCGCAUCCUCGAGCUGUCGCACGGCACCAUCGAGAUCGACGGGCGCGAUAUCGCCAAGAUUGGGCUCGAGCAGCUGCGCGAGCGCCUCUCGAUCAUUCCUCAAGAGCCUGUCCUCUUUGCCGGCACUUUACGCUCGAACCUCGACCCGUUCGGCCUGUACGACGACGCGCGCCUGUAUGACGCGCUCCGCCGCGCAUGGCUCGUCGAGCGAGUCGCAGCAUCAGACGGGUCGGGUCAGACGUCGCGCUUCACGCUCGACUCGAAGGUUGAGGAGGACGGCGGCAACAUGUCGGUCGGCGAGCGCAGCCUCGUCUCACUUGCUCGCGCGCUCGUGAAGGACGCCAACAUCAUCUGCCUCGACGAGGCCACGGCAAGCGUCGACCUCGAGACGGACUCACGCAUCCAGAAGACGGUCGCUGACGAGUUCGGCGACAAGACGCUCAUCGUCAUAGCGCACCGCAUCCAGACCAUCAUCGGGUCGGACCGGAUCGUCGUCAUGGAUGCCGGCGAGAUCGACGCGUUCGCGAGGCCGCAAGACCUGUACGACGAGGGCGGCAUCUUCCGCUCGCUGUGCGACCAGUCGGCCAUCUCGCGCGACGACAUUGUCCGGGCAGCGGCGGCGAGGAGGCGGGCCACCUAGAGCUAGAGAGAGGGGGUGCGAGCGCGAGUAGAUGGAGCGAGACGGGGAGCCGGGACUUUGACUUGUAGCUAGUGAUUCUUCUCUCUGUAGAUACGAGCCUCUCUGUUGGUCUGUG